AUGAAGGAAGAUUUCCCAAAUUUCAGUUUGGGCCCAGAUGAGUAUUUGAAACCAAAACGGCAAAAGACUGAAGAAACAAGAUUUGCGCAACUGAGCGAUGAUGAGCUGGAUCACCUCAUCGAGGGAGCCCAAGCGAAGUCUACAAAGUAUGCCACAAACUAUGCGGUGUCAGUUUUCAAAGGUAAUUUCUCAGUAAAAAUACUUCUGUGAAAUGCAAAUAUUUUGUAAUUAACACAUAAGUUUAUAUCCACGCCACUCGUUAAAAUGUAACAAAUAAAACUUUCCACUACGCGUAUGCAAAAAAUUCGUCAAUAAAAAAAUAAGUCUUAAUUUUCGUUAAUAAAAAUAAAUACUCCUUCAACACCUACGUUGCGUUGAUAUUUUUUGGUCUUUCUUCAUUCAGAAUGGGCUUUAGCACGAGGCAUUGACGAAAAUAUUGGUGGAAAAACCAAAGAAGAGUUGAACAAGAACCUGCGACUCUUUUAUGCCGAAGCUAAGAAUAAAGACGGUGGAAAUUACAGCAGGAGUACUUUGCUUGGUUUCCGAAAUGGCAUAGAGAGGUUUUUAAACUACCCGCCCUUCAAGAAAGGCAUACAUAUUGCCACUGACCCUGCUUUCCAGCAGUCAAAUCAAAUGCUUGAUGCUAAGCUAAAAAAUAUGAAGCAACAGGGAGAGGAAAGCGUAAAGCACAAACCUUGUAUUGAGAACGAAGAUCUCCGACGUCUGAAAGAGAGCGCUGUUAUGAGCCCCUCAACGCCUCAGGGUCUCCUCAACAACAUGUGGCUCCACAUAACCCUUUACUUCUGCUGUUGGGGACGUGAAGGGCAAAGGAACCUGAAGAAAAGCAGCUUUGUUAUUCUCCAAGAAGAAAACGGAAAGCGCUACGCGACAAUGGCGCACGACGAGGCAGUAAAAAUCAUCAAGGAGUUUGAGCGACAACACCCUAAGCUUUGA